AUGGGAUUUUUAAAAAGCCUUGCUGAAGGAUUAUUGGAAUAUGAAACACAGAAAGUGGUACAAAUUCAUUCAAAGAAAAUUGGAGUCACAUUUAGACUGAUACAAUUGGGAAUUAUUCUAUAUGUUGUGUUGUGGGUGAUGAUCUAUGAAAAAGGUUAUCAAUCAUUUGAUCAAGCAGUGAGUGGAGUGACUGCCAAGUUGAAAGGUGUGGCUUUCGCCAAUGUGACAAAUAAUCCAUCACUUGGAGCCACUGUUUGGGAUGCAGCUGAUUAUGUGAUACCACCACAACAGAAUUCAGCAUUCUUUGUGAUGACUAAUUUAAUAUAUACACCUGGACAGACAUUGGGAAGUUGUGAGGAGUCUCAUGAUGUAUUUGGUAAUAGUUGUCACAAUGAUUCACAAUGUCACUCUGGACAAUUGGUUCAACGUGGUAGUGGAAUCCAAACAGGAAGAUGUGUGAAUUCUACAAGGCAAACGAAUCUACGUGUUUGUGAAAUAUAUGGUUGGUGUCCUACAGAACAUGAUGUUAUUCCCAGACCACAUUUAUUAGCGUCAGCUGAAAAUUUCACAGUAAUACUGAAAAACAGUAUCGAAUUUCCACGUUAUCGAAUAAAACGCAGGAAUAUACUUAAAUGGAUGAGUAAUUUAUUUUUGAAAACAUGUUUAUAUGAUCCAAAUGAUGAUGAAUUGAAAUAUUGCCCAAUUUUUCGUCUUGGUGAUAUACUAAAAUAUUCUGAUGCAGUAAAUAAAGAUAUAUGGGAGACUGGUGGUAUGGUAUCGAUUCAUAUUGAAUGGAAUUGUAAUCUAGACUUUGAUGAAGAGAAGUGUUUACCAAAAUAUAUAUUUCGUCGACUAGACGACUUUCAGAGUAGUGUUGCGAAGGGAUGGAAUUUUCGAUUUAGUCAACAUUACAUUGACGGUGGUGUACGUAGACGUAAUUUGAUUAAAGCAUAUGGUAUCCAGUUUUUCAUAACAGUGUAUGGAACUGGUGGUAAAUUCAACAUUUUAACAUUUUCAAUGAAUUUGGGUUCUGGAUUAGCACUACUUGGUAUAGCAACAGUUCUAUGUGAUAUGAUCAUAUUGAAUACAACAAGAAAACGUAGUGUAUAUCGAAAGGCUAAAAUUGAUUAUAUUGCUGAAAAACGUCGUAAACAACAAGAAGAAAGUUUGAAAAGUAAAAAUAAGGAAAAUACUUUUGACUCCAUGCAAAUUGGUGAUCAUAAGAAGUUUGAAUGGAAACUUCAUCCUACUAAUUAUCAGCCUGAUGAAAUGAAUACUGAUAAAGGACAAACUCAUGAUCAAAAUAGUUUAUUAAUCUGUGGUCCUGUUUCACAUUUCAUGUGGAUGGAUAAUAAUAAAUGUCAAAAACGAAUAAUAGACAAAAGUCAUUUAUCUACUUCAAAGAAUGAACAACUUUGUUUAAAUCAACCAAGUUUUCUUGGAUUUCAUUAUACUCCAUCAAUAUCAACAUCGUCAUCACAAGUUGUCGGUAUUAAGAAAGAAUCGAAUUAUGAGAAUCAUUCAGAAAGUAUGUUACCUAAUCAUUUAAAUGGAUGUUUUACUUCUAUUCCUUAUAGAAAUAAGAAUAAUAUGUCUUUGUAUGAAAAGAAUACUAUACUAAUGAAUGAUACUACUUAUUCUACUAAUAAACAUUCAAAAUAUGUUCAAUGUAAUCUUAAGUCAACAAAUAUGUUAACAUUUACAAAAGAAUCAAAUUUAAAUACUACUUAUAAUGAAAUGGAAUUAUUUAAAACGAUAUCAACAUUACCAAAAUGUUGUACAUCAUUUAUAAAACCAACAAUUCAUUCAUAA